AUGUCCCUCAUUCGCCCGCUCCGUCUCCUUUUGUUGGGCGCCCCCGGUCUGGGGAAAGGUACCCAGACGCUGAGACUUCUUAAGGAGUUCCCCACCAUCAACGCGGUGUCGCUGGGAGACAUUUUGCGGUCUGAAAUCGCUAAGGGCAGUGGUAUUGGUAAAGAAGCUGAAGGCUAUAUCAAGGAAGGGACGCUUGUUCCCGAUCUGGUAAUGGUGAAGUUGAUUACGGGCCAUCUUAUGAAUCCCAAAUGGCCCGGUCUGGGAGAGAAGGCAUCGUUUUUGCUCGAUGGGUUCCCCCGCACGGUGCCUCAAGCGUCGCAAUUGGACCAGGUCUUAGAUAGCCACAAUCGCGAGCUAAACAUGGUGGUGGAGCUCGAUGUCGACCAACGAGUGAUUUUGGACCGUAUCGAAGCCCGCUGGGUGCAUGUGCCACUGGGUCGUGUAUACAACUUGGACUAUAAUCCGCCAAAGAAACCUUACACUGACGACGUUACUGGCGAACCGUUGACUAAACGGGCUGACGAUACCGCCGAAGUGUUUGGCAAACGGUUGGAUACUUACAACCGGGAAUUGGCUCCGUUGAAGCAAUACUACCAAAAGCGCGGCGUCCUCCACACGGUGCUGGGCAACACCUCCGACAUUAUCUACCCAAAGUUGUCCCAGUUGAUCAAGGACAACUUCUGUAAAUGA